UACCUAUAUAUAGUAUGCGUAUGCAAUAUAUAAUUAUAUACACGAUGGUAUACCUACAUCGUACAUCGUACUUUGACCGCUGGUAUUAAUCGUGAGUGAGUCAAAGUAACAGUUAAACACCUGCCCUGGCUGGUCGUUGGUGCAUGGAUCAAGCUCUAGCCUAUACCGGACAGGAUGGCCAGCAUGGGAGACGCGGCGAUGAGCGUGGCGUCCACCGUCGACGAGACUGUUGUCAAAGAGGGCUGGCUUCAAAAACGCGGUGAACACAUCAAAAACUGGAGGUCACGUUACUUUGUUUUAAGAGAUGAUGGUACAUUAGUUGGGUUUAAGGCCAAACCUGGCCACGAAAUGGCCACAACCGCUCAACCUUUGAACAAUUUUACUGUGAGGGGAUGUCAAAUAAUGCCUGUGGAUAGACCAAAGCCUUUCACAUUCGUAAUCAGAGGGUUACAAUGGACAACAGUUAUAGAAAGAACAUUUCACGUCGAUACAGAACAAGAACGAGAAGAUUGGAUGACAGCUAUUAGGUAUGUGGCAGAUAGGCUUGCCAAUGAAGAUCAAAACCAACAAUUGCCUCAAAUUCAACAGUCGUCUUCCUCAGAGGAUGUGGAAAUGGAGUCAGUUGGUGGGAGAUCUGAUUCGUGUAAUUCUCUAGGAGUUAUUUCCACGGACGGGGGAAGUUUUGAUGAAUUAUCUGCCAAAUUCAGUGUUCAAGGAACAUCUAAUAGUAAAUCCACAGGCAAAAAAAAAGUUACCUUAGAAAAUUUUGAGUUUUUGAAAGUUCUGGGCAAAGGUACUUUUGGAAAGGUCAUAUUAUGCAGAGAAAAGGCAACAGGACAUUUAUAUGCCAUAAAAAUUCUUAAAAAGGAUGUCAUUAUUCGUAAAGAUGAAGUAGCCCAUACGUUAACUGAAAACAGAGUGUUAAGAACCACCUGUCAUCCGUUUUUAAUUUCUUUGAAAUACAGUUUUCAAACGGCCGACAGGCUAUGUUUUGUUAUGGAAUAUGUUAAUGGUGGCGAACUCUUUUUUCACUUGAGCCGUUCUCGUGUUUUUGGUGAGGAUCGCACCAGAUUUUACGGAGCUGAAAUUAUUUCAGCGCUCGGAUAUUUACAUUCGCAAGGUAUUAUUUAUCGAGAUCUUAAACUCGAAAAUUUACUACUUGACAAAGACGGUCAUAUAAAAAUUGCCGAUUUCGGUCUUUGUAAGGAAGACAUAACAUACGGGAGAACAACAAAAACGUUUUGUGGAACUCCAGAAUAUUUAGCUCCAGAGGUUUUGGAAGACAACGAUUACGGACGAGCUGUAGAUUGGUGGGGUGUUGGAGUGGUAAUGUAUGAAAUGAUGUGUGGCCGACUUCCAUUUUACAACAAAGAUCAUGAAAAACUGUUUACACUGAUACUCUUGGAAGCUGUGAGAUUUCCAAAAACUAUCAGUAAUGAGGCCAAGGACAUGUUGGGAGGUUUGCUGAUAAAAGAUCCAAAUAGGAGAUUGGGUGGCGGUCCAGACGAUGCCAAGGAAAUAAUGGAACACCCGUUCUUCUCGUCAAUAAACUGGACUGACUUGGUCCAAAAAAAGAUCCCACCUCCAUUCAAACCUCAAGUAACUUCCGAUACGGACACGCGCUAUUUUGACAGUGAGUUCACAGGUGAAAGCGUCGAACUUACCCCACCAGACCAAGGCUGCCUCGGCAGCGGUAGUGGUCUCAAUUCUAUAGCUGAGGAACAAGAACAUUUCCCUCAGUUUUCCUACCAGGAGAGUCAUUCUACCUCCUCGAUUGUGUCCAUCAACCACUGACACGACGGUUAUUCAGUUUCGGCUGGUGUUUUUAUAAGAAUGAUUAAAUAAAUCAGUUUGACGUUAUUCAAACUUGAUGCAGAUAGCGGAAGGAGAAACUAUCAUCGAUAAUUUGUACUGUACAUUUUAACUAUUUAUGCAACGGCGUUACAAGAAUGUAAUGAUUGGCUUGCGUGAUUUCUAAUUAGAAAGUCGCAUUGAAACUGCCUGUUGGGUUAAACUUGUGCUUAUUUUUCUCCGAAUUCGAGUACAUACUUACUGUAUGAAUUUUCUAUUUUCCAAAAUUGAAUUUUAAUCUAUAUUGCGUCAACUCGAGUUACUGUUUUCAGUUUUUUAGGUAUUUAAUUUUUUUCGUUUCGCAGAAUCUACUAGUGUUUAUUUUAAAUUCGUAACAAAUGAUUUCUCGUUAAGUUUAUUAGUAUGGUUAGUGUUUAAUCCAAUACUUGGGUAAAGUAUCGAAUAAAGUUAACUAAUAAUUAAGAAUUAAUUGUAAUUGUAUGGUUAAAUUUUAAGUUAUGUGUAAGGAAGCCUAAUUUAAUAUAGUUUGGUUGAAAUUUUUCAAUGAUAUUAUCUAAUCAAGGGCGGUAAUUGAUUGAAAAAUUGCCUUUCAUAGGUCUGUGAUGCUUUACACCACCAUCAGUAGAUAUUUUUUAAAACAUAUCCUAAGAGUGACAAGUUUAUUGGAUAAUUAAUUACCCUGGGCUAUGCUUUGUAGCAUCAGAGUUGUCUUGAAAUUUUUUCUAAUCAAUGGACUUGUAUAUACAUAUACACAUAU